ACUGACGCAAGUUUAUGUUCUGUCUAGUUUGUGCCAUGCCGCGCGCGGCGUAGGCAGUCUCGCAGAAGUCUCGAGGCAGUCUAGAGACUCGGUUGGGCGAGUUAACAGUGCUGUGUGUGACGGCUCCUGUGUGCACUGCCGCUGAGAGUCUGCGAGCAAUUCUGGUACUGGUUCCGCAAUCUAAGCAUUAUUUGAUAUUACAAUGGUGUUACCGCCGACCAACUGUGCCUUUAAAGUGGAAGGCACCACAGUCUGUUAACUGACGCCAGUUGUCCGAUUAUGAUCAUUGUAAAAAUGGAGAGCGUUGGCGAAGGGCUCCUCUGCAUACUUGCGUGUUCACUUUUGAUUAGGUUAGUCUGCACUACUGGCGAUGUUCCAAGUUGCCCCCACUGGUGGUGCGGCAUAAUCGACGCUGCUCUGGUUGGCUUUACCCACAUCUUGCACCUAACCGAGUCUCAAGGGGCCUGCCACGGGGUGUGUAAAUCCACCCCUUGGUGUGGCUCAGUCAACUACUUCAUGGAUACCGGCCAUUGCCAACUCAAUCUCAAUGCCUCCCACUACCAAGCCCCCGAUCGUUUGGUCCGGAGGCCAGGCUGGUUCUACUCUUACGUCGAAGCUGAGCCAACUGACGCUUCACCUGGUUGUUUCAACAGUCAAAAACAUGACCCCCUGUGUGUCAAAGACAGCAUAGAAUUCUCUGCAUUCCUCAGAACCAAAGAGAAAUACCCCAGUGCUGACUUGUCUCUGGCUAGGGACGCCUGCGCACAGUACGGUAUGCAACUCUGCACACUGACUCAACUCAAAGCGGCCUACGAGGCAGGCUUUAGGAGCAACCUGUGGUCUUUGAUAAACACUGAAGGAAGAGAUGCCAAGUUAUCAGUGUGUGAUACGAACCACCGGCGGCAAAGCGAGUGUGCCUUCAUGAUGGAGGGAACCAACAACGAUGGCCUCAUUCCGAACACCCCUCGACCGGCUGACUUCAUCAAUGCUUUCUGCUGCUCUAGCUCCUCAUGCCCCCCACCACACGCUUUGCAGUGGCAACUCGUUUUCAUGGGUCAGGCAGGUGGGCAAGACCUGUAUGAAAUGUGGACUAAUCCUCACUGGGAGUCGACCUUGGACGUCCACGGAAAUUUCCGGGACCAAGCUAUCUACGAUGCAUGGAAAUAUUGCAGCAGCCAUAUAAAGUUUGUGAAGCUUUCCCUGUACAGUACUGACGGAGUACAGCCUUUAGCAAAGCUGAUCUUCAGAGGGAAUCAAUUGAACAUCACCGACUGGUUCCGGAGAGACGAACUAUUGUCGUCUCCUUGGUGGCAACAUCUUGAACUUAAAGACGGCAAAUUUCCUAUUGGAGAUACACUGUUCUGGCCCAGACAAUUCGUCAUCAGCGACUUCCCUGGCAAUUGUUCACUGACAGCCAAUGUGGGAUGGCUCUUCGUUACUGCUCAGAGGGAAGCUUGCGCUUCGAUAAAUCCCUUCGCAAUCCUCUACAGCACCACGCACGACGCUGUACCACUGAUUGCGUCAGAUGCUCGUGUUGGUAUGGCCGACUACAUGACAAUCCAUGUGGUUAAGGAGUGAGCAAUGAACCCAUCAGAAGACGUCAAUUCCAACAUGUUGGUCACGUGCGGGGAAUCAUUGCUAUGACCGAGGAGUCUAGCUUGCCCAAGUUGCCAAAGAAUAACCAUAGAAACAUCAACGUUUUCUCAGAGACUAAUACUUGUUUAAAACGCUAUAAACAUAUGGAAAAUUUAUUUAGCUGUAAAGCAAUAAUAAUUAACUCCGAAGUUUCAUAAUCUCUGAAGCUAUAAACAGAGAAGUUCCUGGAAUUUCAGCAGAUCAGAACAAAUUAGAAAAACGUUAUCAUAAAUCACAAAAAAGCCAGCACAAAUUUGUAACUGAAUUCCGUAUUUUGGCCCAAGGAAAUUUUGGGGCACAUUUGAAGUAUCUUUUCACGCAACGGCAUGCAUUUAAAUGACCAGGCAGACCUUUUUUAUUGGCAGGCUUUCUCAAAAAUCAGAAGAUUUUGAAAAUACUGAUGUGGUCUCUACCAAUUUAAUGAUCCCUGUGUUUUAAGCGAAUUCUUUGCUUAAAAAUUGUAACCAGCUUUGAAGGAUGUUUUUCUUACUUUAAAUUUGUCAUCGUUGCAUUGUUCUCGC